AUGGAACCUUCCCUCUGGCCCUUCCUACUGGUCAGUCAUCCCCUGACGAUCCUGGCAGAGAAGCCUGAGCAGGGCACCAUCAGCUGGCACCGAGUCGCGUCCCACCUUCCCGGGCGGACCAACAAGGACUGUCGCAAGCGAUGGCACUUCACGUUGGCCAACACCAUCCGGAAGGGCACCUGGAUGCGUGACGAAGACGAGCGGCUGGUAAAGGCUGUCGAGGUCUACGGCACGCGGUGGAGCAAGGUCGCUCAGGCUGUCGGCACUCGCAACGGCGACCAGUGCUCGAAGCGGUGGUACGACUGUCUCGAUCCACGCAUCGACAGGAGUCCAUGGACGCCAGAGGAGGACGAGAAACUAGUCACCCUCGUGGCCUGCCACGGCCGCAACUGGAGCGACAUCGUUCAGCGGCACUUUCCCAAUCGCCCACCCAUCUCCGCAAAGAACAGGUAC